AUGGAGGAGAUGGCGGAGUUACGGCAGAUACCGUACGAUGAAAAUGAAGCAGAUUUUAAUGGGACACCAGGAGCGUCGGCAGGAAGUUCAGAACGCGACGAAGUUGAAAGCAUCCGCGAAAUAGUACUGCGUUCUCGGACAAUACGAAUUCCAAUUGUGGAAGAACGACCAGUAGCCCCGGAAGCUUUCCACGCGCCGGAAGUGGAGGGAUUACCGGCACAAUAUCAACAGCUGCUGGUGACGCCACCAAUUGACCCGUACAUUGUGAUUCGAAAUGCUGACGGGUCAACCACAAUUGAGUGUGGCAUGUGUCCGAAAGAAUUUGGAACCUUAAAGGGAUGGCGAAUCCACGCUAGCAAAGUACAUAGACAAAGUGGUAAGUUUAUCUUCGAACUUCAGUAUACGUAG